AUGGAUAACAGGGCCCUUGUGGCCCUACUUUCUUCCCUCAUAUCGGAGCUCCUCCUCCUGCUCUUCGUCAUCUCCCCUCCCUCCGAUGACUCCCUUUCUUUUCCCUUCAUCCCCUUUCUGUCUACCUCACACACCGCCACCACCCUUUCCCUUCUCUCCACCAGACGGAAGCGAUCCCGAUCGCCGGAAUCCGAGGAACCCACAUCCUCUAAACUCGGCCGUCGAGUCGGAGGAGCCGAUUCGGCCAUACCAAGAAACCCCGACUCGUUCAAACUGUAUUUCAAGAUGACUUCUUCAACGUUCGAGUGGCUCUCGUCCCUCCUCGAGCCACUGCUGGAGUGCCGUGACCCGGUUAACUCUCCCUUGAACCUUCCCGUCGAAACCCGACUCGGUAUCGGGCUGUUUCGACUCGCCACCGGCUCCGAUUAUCUCGAGAUUUCCCAGCGGUUUGAAGUUUCGGAAGCUGAAGCGAAAUUCUGCGUCAAGCAGUUCUGCCGCGUCUUGUGCACGAAUUUCCGGUUCUGGGUCGGGUUCCCUACGCCGAACGAGCUCGAACCAGUUACUGACUCGUUUGAAACGUUAACUGGUUUGCCCAAUUGCUGUGGAGUAAUACAUUGUACAAGAUUCAAGAUUUUAAAGAACGAAUCCAUGGAGGAACCCAUAGCUGCUCAAUUUGUGGUCGAUUCAUCAUCAAAGAUUCUCAGCAUUGUUGCAGGAUUUAAUGGCAGAAAGGGUAAUCAUCUUGUUCUCAAAUCAUCAACUCUGUACAAAGAUAUCCAAUCAAAUAACCUGUUAAACUCCCCACCUAUAGAUAUAAACGGCGUAUCUAUACCUCAAUACCUAAUUGGUGAUUCAGGGUACCCUUUUCUUCCAUGGUUAAUGGUUCCCUUCGAUCAGCCUGUAGUGAAUUCACUUGAAGAUGACUUCAAUUCUGCACAUAAUUUGAUGCUUGUUUCUGGGUUUAGAACAGUGGAUAGUUUAAAGAAAUGGGGUGUUUUGAGUAAGCCUAUCAGGGAAGAGAUCAAGACUAUGGUGGGUUACAUCGGUGCUUGUUCGAUUCUUCAUAACGCCCUGCUUAUGAGGGAAGAUUACUCUUCGUUAUCUGGGAAAUCCGAUGAACAUCUGCGACACACCGACAGUCAGUUUCAUGGCGAUUUCAGUUUUGAAGAUAACUCAGUUGAAGAAAAGAGUUUCGAAAUUAGAACUGCAUUGGCUACAAGAGCAAAAAAAUGUUAAUGGGUAAAGAGAUCAAUUUAUCGUAAAUCAUACAGACAACUUUAUCAAUACAACACUUAACGGAAAACCAACCGAACAGCCACUUACUGACCCUUGAAGAAAAGGAACUUGAUUACGAAGGCAUUGGCAUAUUUGAGAUAGGUAAAGUUUUUUUUUUUUUUUGAUGUGA